AAAUUGACUAAUGUCUGAUUGAAUCAUUGAACCAUUCGUUGAGUUUUGAUCAAGAAGAUUAUUGGUUGUGGGUCAUCACGCUCCAAGGACUUGCUAAACGUGUCAUUGCCACAGGGACAUACUCAACUGAAAACACAAGCAAGGAUAAUUAGUCCAACGAAUUGCAAAGUUGAAACCCUAGAUCGGAAUCGAGUACCGGACCUCCUCACAUCCGAUCAACCUGCCAUGGCCGCCGCCGCCCGUCAUGUGGCUUCGUACAUGGGCCGCUUUGCUCCUCGGUGUGGCUACGCCGGCGACACCACCUGCACCGCCGCCGCCUGGACGCGGCCUCAGCUGCCACACGCCCCGUCGGGCCCACUCGUCAUCCUCCGGCGCGGCAUCGCGAUGAUCCCCGGCGACCACUCCCCCGGACCCGCCGACCUCUCCCCCGAUUGCUUUGACCCUGAAGCUCCAGAUGAUCCAGCCACCUGCUUCGCUUACGACGAGAAGGACCUCGAGUCAGAGGAAGCCGUUUGGGCGCUGUACCAGCGGUGGUGCAGCUUCCAUGACAUAGAGCGCGAUCGUGAUGACAUGGUUCGGCGCUUCGUGUAUUUCAAGGACAGAGCGCACAAAAUCAUUGAGUUCAACAAGUCUGGCAAGUCUUAUACCUGGGGUCUCAAUAUAUUUGGUGAUAUGACGCCACAGGAGCAAUCUGAAUUGGAGCGUCCACCGCUCCAUCGAAGGAUUUGAAGCUCAGAACCACCCUUUCUAAUUUACCAACAAAGCACUUUCGAGAACGGUGAUAAUUCAAUCCUAUACUAUUUGAUCAUCCGCUAGCUGCUUUGUCCAGCCUGAGUAAUGUAUGUGUAUGGAUGAAAUGUGUAGAAUGCUUUGUAUGCACAAACAUAAUAUUUUUUUAAAAAAAAACUAGUUUAUCUAUACAAUUCUCCUUUGAAUUGUACCCUCCACAUAAUAUAUCACAUGUGUUUGGUAAUUGGUUCGUGGGAGUUAAUAAAAAUAUCAAGGAUCUUAUUUUUGUU